UAAACUUUUUAAUAAAAUGGCCGAUAGAAAGUCGACCACGAGUUAUUUUUCCAAGAUCUGUGGCCAAAAUGUCAAGGUCAAAGCAGACACUGCCGAAUGGAAUAUUUCAUACUCUGGUGGUAGAUUAUUCACAUGUCAGCCAAUCACAGCCGGCCAAACAAUUGUUUUCAACCUCUUUGGCAGUGGACAUGUAGAGUUUGGUCUUUUUUGCAAAGAUCCUGAAGAACUUAUGAAUGUUUCUUCCAUUGAAAAUCAAAAUGAAUUCAAGUAUUUACAGACCACCAGAGUACAUAAAAUUGGUGGGAAAAUACACGUGGUCUGUUCAGAGGACGGCUCAAAAGUAACGUUCAGGCGAGACAAUCAGGAAUGUUGUUCUAACAUAGAUGUUGACAAUAAGACGUGGAUAACAGCCAAUCUUGUGUUUGGUAACAUAACCGCUCAAAUAGAAAACCCAUAUAUGUGUUUCCACCGGGUAAAAGGAGAAAAUGUCAAUCUAACAGAAACCAAGUCUAAGGCCAAUUUAAAGACAGUCAACCCAUCAACAGUUUGUUAUAUUCCACACCGCCUUCGUACUAAUGACCAACUCCAAUUACAUCUAACGCCAGUCAAAUUUGAUGGCAGGCCACCUAGUGUUUAUUUUGUCAAAAUGGCGGUCAGUGAAUAUGACCCAGAAAUAUUCAUGAACAAUUUAAAACCAAUCCACUGUUUGGAAGACCUACCGGUAACUAUUAUACCACCAGAAGUUUGUUCCUCAGAAGGGGAUAUACAUGUGGAAAUAUGUGACAAUAAAGUAAUUACGAAACAAAGAAGUUUACCGGAAGUUGUCGCAAACACGGGCAUCGAUAUAUCCCGAGGUUUCUAUUGUUUGUUCGAGCUUUAUCGUGUAAAGCUGUCGUGUCUUAGAAUUGGACCAGCAUUAGAGUCAAACUUUUCUUCGCAAAAUAUACCCAGUUCUAAUCUUAAUGGACUCACACAUAGUAAUUUAACCAACGGAUUGAACCAAGAAAACAGUCAUAGUGUAACAGGAACAAAAUCCGAAAGCCAGAAAGAGAAAUUUGAUCAAAUAUUUGAUAUAAUCGAAGCACUUGAAAAAGAACACUGUGAUAAGUUAGAGAUAAGAGAAGACUUUGAAUGCGUGAAAUGUAGACUAUCCGAAAUCAAAAACAAAUUGAGCUCAUCGUCAAUAGUCCAUACUCAAAUUCCGGAAAGUGAAAUAGCGAUGAAAAUUAGAGAAAAUUAUUCUCGACUUUUGAUAUGCAUUGAUCCAUUGACAUUAUCGGACCAUCUUUUUCAAGAGAACAUGAUAUCUUUUGAUAAUCACCAGCACGUGCGAAACAAGUGGCAAGUAGACCCAACAAAUGCCAAACGAGACUUACUGGCAAUGUUGAUGGUCCGUAAAUUGGAUAAGCACGUGCUCAGGAAAGUGUUGACAAAUUGUAAACAGGAACAUGUUCAUGAUAUUCUUUUUCCAGAAAAUGCAAUGUAA